UGUUUGUGUUAUUGAAUUUACUUGUUUACUACGUUUUAUAUAAACAAAUUGUUAUAAAUAAUAACAAAAAUACUAGAAUAAAGAUUAAACAACAAAUAUGCGUAUAAUUAAAUUAAAGGUCAUCAAUUGAAACGGAAGAAAUAAAGAAUAAAAUAACAAAAAGUAAAGAAAAACUAUUAAGAGGAAUAAUAACAGAACUUUAAAACUGUUUAGAAAGAAAAUACCAAAGGGGUGAAAGUUAUUUUUGGUCCAGAGAAGUUUUUUGUUUUUAUUUAUAGCUGUGAAUGUAUGGUUUUUUGUUAUUGCCGUUUUAAUUAAAAAUAAAAACAUACACACUCCAACAUAUGUAUAUACAUCUCCUGAAUAUACACACAAUACCUAGCAAGCAGCUGUUUAGUGUUUUUGUUGUUGUUUAUAUGUAUAUUUUGUGUUUUUUGUUGUUAGUAAGUUUACAUGCACCAAUUGGUAGCAACAGAAACGACAGGAAUAAUAAAAAAACAAGAACAACAACUAUAGAAAAAAGAAACUGUAAAUUUUUACUACAAUAAGAACUUUAUUGCAUAAAAUAAAAAGUUAGAUUAAUAAGAAACAAUAAGAAUUUAAAGAAAAUCUUAUUGGAAGAUGGAAUGUACGGAUGCUGUAGACAACUAUGCCCCAACCAGCAGCAACUUGUACAAAAAACAGAAAAUCAGUGAUGACAGUGGUAUUGAAGAAAACAUUAACGAUACUAAUGCAGAAGAAGAAUCGAGCGAAAAUGCUAAAACAACAGAUAAUGUAGAUGAAGAGGAAUCUUUAUGGUGGACUAUACCAGAUUUGGUUUUUCUUAAAGUUUGCUCCCAUCUCACCAUUAGGGAUGUGGCCAGUGUAGCAGCCACUUGCCGUCGUUGGUAUGAAUUGGCCAAUGAUGAUAUAAUGUGGAAACAUCGUUUUCAGAAACAUUUUCGCACCGAUCCUGCUAUACCCCUUAAACCUGGUGCAUCAAGUUGGAAAGAUGAAUACGUUCGUCUAACAUCCCGCAUACCCUUCGUUCAGUCCCAGUGUCUAAAUGGUCACGCACAUCAAGUGCUGCAUGUUAGCUUUUCUCAUAAUGGUGAAAUGUUUGCUACCUGUUCCAAGGAUGGUUAUGUUAUUAUUUGGAAUUCCGGACAUCCAUGUACCGAAAAAUAUUCACACAAUAUGAAGCAAUUCAGUUGGAAAUAUACACAAUACUCACAAUUUAAUCAAAGCGAUACAUUGCUCUUAGUAUCCGGAGUACAUUUUGGUUCACCACACAGUACAUCCGGUGAAAUAGCGGUAUUUACAGUCGGUGAUAAAGAUGGUUCCCAUUUGCGUUGUCGUGUCUUAAAUCGUCCUUAUGACAUCUUUGGUACCUGGUUUAGUGAUCAGUAUCUAAUAUCGGGAGAUUUACACUGGUUGGCACAUUUGGUUAGUACUUCGGUAUUAUGGUUGAAUAAAGCCAAUCAGGAGGUGGAUUCGGAGCAUGUGCCAAUUAUGAAUCAAUUGUAUAAGUUUUACAAUCGCAAGGCGAGUUCUGUACGAGCCAUUAUGAUGGCCAAAUGUCCCUGGUUGGAUGAGUCUAAUGAUCCAUUGGCUGAACAGAAUCUCGUUAAUGAAGCUAAGGAAGAAGAUCAAGAUGUAGAAAUGCAACAUGAUGCUUUGCCAAGUGAUACGGUUGGUAAUCCUCCUUCCCAAAUGGCCACUCUUAGGCAUUCUCCCACUUCGGCAAGUGCUCACUCUUUGGAUGAUUCUUUACCCUCAACUUCUUCGGGUCGUUCUACCCUACAGAAUGAUGACAUUUCCAUACAUUUUGCCGAAGAAUAUCGUCGUUUGUUUCAUGGUGAUGUCAGUCCAGAUGAUUCUGGCAAUGAAGAUGAGACAGAAGAUGAACCUAUGGAAGCUGCAGAGGAAUAUGAUGAUAUGGAGAAUUCUAUACCGAAAUAUUUAAUAUUUUCCACAGGAUCUAAAACCUAUACACCGCAUCAGAUUGGAAUUAAACGCAUAAAACAUGUUACUUUUCCUAAAAAACUUGAUCCUGGUCCUUCACUCAAAGAAAGAAUUGCUGCCAAAAAGGCAGAGAAAAAGAAUCAAGCUAGAGAUCCCGAUCCUGAUUGGUGGAAUUAUGAGGCUGUUGCGGAUCGUUUUGAUAAAGUUGAUAAAGUCAUUGAUUUACAUGGUCAUAUUAUAGGCAUGGCUUUAAGUCCAGAUCACAGAUACCUUUAUGUCAAUACCCGUCCUUGGCCCGAAAACUAUAUCAUAACAAAUGCUUUGGAACCACCACCCAUUGCCCAAGAAAUCGAUAUACAUGUCAUUGAUCUCAUGACUCUCAAACGUGUUGGCAAUAUGUUGCGUGCCCAUAAGGCCUAUACACCCAGCACAGAGUGUUUCUUUAUAUUCCUAGAUGUUUGUGAUGAUUACGUAGCCAGUGGUGCCGAAGAUAUGCAUGCUUAUUUAUGGGAUCGUUAUUAUGGUGUUUCUUUGGCAAAAUACAAACAUGUGGAUGUGGUUAAUAGUGUGUCUUUUAAUCCGAAAGAUUCGGAAAUGUUAGUUACUACCAGUGAUGAUUUUACAAUUAAGAUUUGGCGAUCACGUUCUAAAGCUAAAGAACUUAAAAUUGAUACAACAAAUAAUACAGAAGCAUUUGAUUUAAAGGUUAAUAAAUCUGCAUAAAUUAAUAUCUACAUAAAAAAAUAAAAAAUCUUAUAAAAAACACGAUGCGGCAAUAUUAAAAAGAAAAUCAAAUAUCUUUAAAAACUUAAAUGUGAAUUAGUUAAUAGCAGUAGACUCUAUGUAGUUUGUAGACAAACAAAAUCUUUGAAAAAAAUAAACUGUAGAACAGUA